AUGCGAGGACUGAAUGGAUAUGACCAAAAGGCUCGUAGCGUGCAAGAAAUUGGCUGCCGUGUACUGUGGACUUUGGCACUGAAUGCCGAUACCACCAAGACCUCCAUCGGAAAACAAGGGGGAAUUAGAGUGAUAUUGGCUGCGAUGCAGCGUCACAACAGAGUCAAUCAGAGCGACGCAGCAGUGCAAGCAUCUUGCCUCGGGGCGCUCUGGAGCCUCUCUUUACUCGAGAGUAACGCAAUGUGGAUUGCUUUGCGAGGUGGAAUCGAUCUUAUCAUUUCCGCAAUGCUCAGGCACAAUUCUGGGACUGAUCUAGACGGCGAGCUUCAAAGAGUCGGCUGUCUCCUUUUGACUAGUCUAUCCAGAGAGGGUCUCACCAAAAGCGCUGGCAUCCGUACCAUGCUAAUGAGACAAGGCGGUAUAAGCGUACUGCUUAGGGCUAUGCGUCGACACAAUUCGGGUAGCCAUCUUUCGGCUAUGUUGCAACAGGCCGGUUGCACCGCAAUCGCUAACCUUGCUAAAGAUAGCAAAAGCCGUCAACUCUGUUUAGCAGAGGAUGGAGGUAUCCAGGUAGUCUUAGAAGCGUUGCAGAAACACAGUGGAGCCGAGUGUUUGCUGGUACAGCGCGAAGGUUGCAAAGCGCUGGCUCAUAUUGCACAGAACAUUUACAACUCAAUCUCGAUUGGCAAACAAGGAGGAGUCAUGGCUGUUCUUGCAGUCAUGCGAAAAUUUGGCUCUGCUUCCGAUUCUGAUGUCAGCCUCCAAGAAUCCGCUUGUCUUGCGCUUUCAAAUUUAGCGCAAACCUACGAAAACAGAGCUUCCAUCAUGGAGUCCGACGGUUUAGAUCUUGUUCUCGCAGCGAUGGAAGCAGGAAGGAAUCGUUCUAUCCUCGGUUUAGACGCAGACUUGCAGUUGGCAGCUUGUGGUGUUUUGUCGCGAUUAGCAAAAGACUCGGAAAAUGCCAAUGUCAUCGCUGAACGUGGAGGGAUUGAGGUCGUCUUACUCGUAUUGAGCAAAUACAAAGCAAGCAAUUUCGUUAUCCGAGACUGCGGCCGUGCCGUCUUGAAAGAGCUUGCGAAGAAAUGCGACGAUGAAAUUGUUAUCAGAUCAUGCCGGGCAUGA